UUCUUUCCAUGUGGACGCUCUGCCCAUGGACGCGACCCCGCGUGCUUCCUAGACGCUCCGCGGGCUCCUAAAGGUCGACCAUGGUGGCCGGGACCCGCUGCCUUCUAGCGUUGCUGCUUCCCCAGGUCCUCCUGGGCGGCGCGGCCGGCCUCAUCCCCGAGCUGGGCCGGAGGAGGUUCGCGGCGGCAUCCCGGGCCGGCUCGGCGUCCCGACCGUCCGACGACGUCCUCAGCGAGUUCGAGCUGCGGCUGCUCGGCAUGUUCGGCCUGAAGCAGAGACCCACCCCCAGCCGGGACGCCGUGGUGCCGCCCUACAUGCUGGACCUGUACCGCCGGCACUCGGGUCAGCCUGGAGCCCCCGCGCUGGACCACCGGCUGGAGCGCGCGGCCAGCCGGGCCAACACCGUGCGCAGCUUCCACCACGAAGAAUCUCUGGAGGAACUCCCAGAAGCAAGUGGAACAACCACCCGGCGAUUUUUCUUUAACUUAACUUCUAUCCCCACUGAGGAAUUUAUCACUUCAGCUGAACUUCAGGUCUUUCGGGAGCAGGCACAGGAAACGCUAGAGAACAAUAGCAGUUUCCAUCACCGAAUUAAUAUUUAUGAAAUUCUAAAACCUGCAGCCGCCAACAUGAAGUUGCCUGUGACCCGACUCUUGGACACUAGAUUGGUGAUGCAGAAUGUGAGCGGCUGGGAGAGAUUUGAUGUCACCCCUGCUGUGAUGCGGUGGACAGCACAGGGACAGGCCAACCAUGGGUUUGUGGUAGAAGUGGCCCAUUUGGCGGGGAACCCACGUGUCUCCAAGAGGCACGUUCGAAUUAGCAGGUCUUUGCACCAAGAUGAGCACAGCUGGUCCCAAAUCAGGCCACUGCUUGUCACUUUUGGCCAUGAUGGCAAAGGACAUCCUCUCCACAAAAGAGAAAAGCGUCAAGCCAAACACAAACCACGGAAGCGCCUCAAGUCCAGCUGUAAGAGACAUCCUUUGUACGUGGACUUCAGUGACGUGGGGUGGAAUGACUGGAUCGUAGCCCCCCCAGGGUAUCAUGCCUUUUACUGCCAUGGGGAAUGCCCAUUCCCCCUGGCUGAUCAUCUGAACUCCACUAACCAUGCCAUUGUGCAGACCUUGGUCAAUUCCGUGAACUCGAAGAUUCCCAAGGCGUGCUGUGUCCCAACAGAACUCAGUGCUAUCUCCAUGCUGUACCUUGACGAAAAUGAAAAGGUUGUAUUAAAGAACUAUCAGGACAUGGUUGUGGAGGGUUGUGGGUGUCGUUAG